UGGCGGAGACGCCGGGGGCGCGCCAUGUUCAGACGUUCGCAUCUCAAGAUCCUGCUGAUCGGGAACUCGGGGGUCGGCAAGUCGGCCCUGAUGAACCAGUACGUCAACAACCGCUUCAGCACCCGCUACAGAGCCACGAUCGGGGCCGAUUUCCUCAGCAAAGAGCUCACGGUCGACGGACGAACCAUCACAAUGCAGAUCUGGGACACGGCCGGCACAGAGCGGUUCCAGUCGCUGGGGACGGCCCUGUACCGGGGGUCAGACUGCUGCUUCCUCGUGUUCGACGUCACGUCCGCCAGCUCUUUCCAAGCCCUGGAGAAGUGGCACAAACAGCUCUUGCUGCAGAUCGAGCCCGGGGAGGAUGGGCCUUUCCCCAUCGCCGUCAUCGGGAACAAGACGGACCUGGAGAACCGCGAGGUGUCUUCAGAGCAAGGGAAGGAGUGGAGCCGACUUCACAAGGCGGAGUACUUCGAAACCAGCGCCAAGGCGGCCACCAACGUGCAGGAUGUGUUUGAGUGGGCCGCACGGGACGUCCUGAGAAACCGCAGGACGCUCGAGCCUCCUCAGCCCGACUCUGUUCAGCUGGAGACCAGGCAGCCGGAAGGGGCACCCAGGGAGAGAUGCGGCUGCUGA